UCGAAACUCAGCCAGGCUCCCUCAGCCGCAAUCAUACUAUUCUAGCUCACAAAGAUGACGGCACUCCAACGCGCGAUUGCACAAAACGCUCGCCAGGCCGAGGAGGACGACGACAAUGCGGUACAACGGCUUGCACGUGCACGUCAACGUCAAAUGAGAGAAGAGAAACUCCGUUGGGUGGAGGAGGAAGACAAAAUGGCACGGCGAGCGGAACACAAGGCCCGUAUCACUAUCCCCGUCAUCGUCACACCUGACGGCCCCAUAUCGGCCGAGGAUUUGCAACAACUCGGCGGGAUGGACGCGGUGCCCGAAACGCUCAAGGCGACGCUUAUCAGAGAGCACGCAGAAAGGCCAGUCACGAUAUGCUAUGUCAGCGGUGAGGAGAUGGAGAGGCCCGAGGAAAAUGCCAACAUCAAGUACUAUAUGGACCAGUCCUUGCUUCGGAUUUAGGAGCGGGAAAAGUAUGCAAUUGUCGUCUUCCCUUUGAAGGAGGGUGUUUCGCUGCCGGGUCCGAGCAAGAUUGGCAUUGACGGAGAGGGUCGAGGAAGCGGAGGAGUGCUGGACGAGUAAAAUGAUUCAAUAUGUGAACGGGCGAUGAACCGUCCUCUCUAAGUGUACUGUAUGUAAAGCCUCCGAGUUAACAUGUCCUUCGUUCACUUCUCAACGUGACGGGCCCGGAAGUGGAAGGUGGAAGAUAGGAACCAGGCCACUCUGUAUGAGAGGUGAGCGUGGCAGAUGGUAGAUGACCUCGUGGGAUUGGGCG